GAUCGUAGCAUGCGAGAGGGAGUUCAAUGCAACCCGGCUAUUCUUGUAACAUGCUUCGGAGCGUUCCGGUUGCCUGUUUCAAAACGUCAUCCUGGGUGAUCGUUUGUUCGCGAAAAUAAUUCUUGUAAAUACGGCUCACCACCGGCCAAAGGUGGUGAUGAGAAAAAAGUAUUCGCAGUAAUGGCGUUAGCAUUGGAGCAGUUUGUAAAUAAUGUGCAGACGCUUUCGAAACAAGGUAAUUUUCGAGAGCUAUGUGAGAUAAUGAUUAAAAAUGUAGAUGUUUUAAUGGAGAAUGGACAGCACUUAGAUAACGUUCUGGAAACGUUAGAUCUGCAGCAACACUCAUUAGGUAUUUUGGUAGUGUUGUGUGUAAAAUUCUCAUUGCCUAAUCCUAAUGGUGUGAACACUGCCAAUGCUUAUAGACCAUUAUUUAAUCAGGUUCAGGAAUUUAUUAUUGGUUGUAAUGGAGAACAAGUUAGAUUUGCUCCAGACACAUAUGCAGAACUAUGUCAUCUUUUCACUGAAAAAUUAGUUCAAUUGCAAAUGCCAUUGCACGGUAUUGACUUAUUGUGCCGAGCGAUAAGUAAAAUACAAUUAUUUGAUAGUCAGCUGACUUCAAUACACGCUGAUCUUUGCCAACUAUGUCUUCUGUCAAAGUGUUUCAAACCGGCGCUUGAAUUUCUUGAUAUAGAUAUCACUGGUAUCGGUCAAGAAGGAGGACAAUUUGAUUCAAAGCAUUUUUUGCUCUAUUAUUAUUACGGUGGAAUAAUAUAUACAGCUUUGAAGAAUUAUAAUAGAGCAUUGUACUUUUUUGAGGUGUGUGUAACAACACCUGCUAUGGUAGUUAGUUACAUUAUGUUAGAGGCUUAUAAAAAGUACAUUCUGGUCUCUUUAAUAAUGCAUGGGAAAGUCCUAAACUUACCUAGGUACACAAGUCAAGUGGUGAAUAGGUACAUGAAGCCUUUAAGUCAUCAAUAUGAAGAAUUGGCUACUGCUUAUCAAAUGAAUAGCUGCGAAGAGGUUCAAAAAAUUAUUAAUAAAUAUCAACAACUUUUUACAAGAGAUCACAAUAUGGGACUUGUAAAACAAGUGCUCAGCUUUUUGUACAAAAAGAAUAUACAGAGGUUGACAAAAACUUUUUUAACGCUUAGCUUAAGUGAUGUGGCAAGCAGAGUACAACUAUCAGGACCUGCUGAUGCAGAAAAGUACAUUCUGAAUAUGAUCGAGGAAGGAGAGAUCUUUGCAACAAUUAAUCAAAAGGACGGAAUGGUAGUAUUUCAUGAUGAUCCGGAAAAAUAUAAUUCACCACAAAUGUUGGCAAAGCUAGAAAAGGAAAUGGCAGCAUGUAUGGAAUUAGAUAAGCGAGUACUUGAAAUGGAAGAGGAAGUUGUUCUUACUCCGCAAUAUGUUCGAAAAGCCUGUGGUCAAAAUGAUCAAGAUGAUCAGACAGCUGGACCUGCAACAACAAAUGUAACAAAUGUGCAAGGUCAAUCUAAACAUAAUGCCUAUUCCAUGUAACAUACACGUCGUUGUGCGUUAUCUUUAU